AUGGACGACGAGCGACUACCCAAACGACUCUUCUACGGAGACGUCGCGACGGGUUCUCGCCGUCAAGGAGGCCAGAUUCGCCGUUACAAGGAUACCCUGAAGUCCUCCCUGAAAUGCCUGCAAAUCAACCCCACCAACUGGGAGGAGCUCGCACUCGAUCGACCGACCUGGAGGCGGACAGUGAAGACAGGCGCUGCGAUCUACGAAGCCAACCGCAUCGCUGCCGCCAAAGCGAAACGUGAAGUCCGCAAAUCGCGACUUCGCCCAGUAAGCAACGCCGCCGCACAACCGCUUCCAACGUGUCCUCGAUGUCAACGGACAUUCCGGGCUCGAAUCGGACUUGUUGGACAUCUUCGGAUUAACUGCGCCUCUCGAACGGCACCAACCAUCGUCCCCCCGCCUGCCUCUUCCUCUUCCUCCUCCUCUCCGCCGCCAACUAACCCUGACAAUUCUUCUGACCCACCACUUCCAUCAUCCUCCUUCUCCUCCUCCUCCUCCUCCUCCUCCUCCUCCUCCUCGCCCACUGCUCCAACGGCGGCCGCUCAAGCGACUGUCCCGCGCACAGCAACCGACACUACCACCACCUCCCCCGACUCCAGGGAUGAGGAUCAGGACUACACCUGCCCUCACUGCGACCGUACCUUUACCUCACACAGCGGCCUUGACCGCACUCCCGACAUACCCACUACAUCCAACACAUCCACCGUGCACACCCCCACCUUCGUUCCAUCCGUCCGCGCCACCACCACCACCGCCUCCUCUGAAGCUGACACUGACACCGCCGACUUCUCAUGCCCACACUGUCCACGCACAUUCACCUCACGCAUCGGCUUGGUCGGUCACUUGCGAAUCCAUCGCACAGAGACUGGCGAACCAGUGCCUGGAGCACCCACCUAUACCCACCAAGCUCGUCUCAACUGCCCACACUGUCCUCGCACCUUCACGCAUCGCAUGGGCCUUUUCGGCCACAUGCGCAUCCACGACGACCUGCGGUAG